ACUAGAGUAAACCAAUCGGUAAAUGCUUAACAUGAUGUACGGGUCCCAAAAUAGCAGCGCAGCGUUAUUUAAGCUGCACUCAGCAGUGAAGCACCAUCAUUGAUUGUUAGUUAUCAGUCACACUAAAAGCUAUUAUCUAAUGUAAUUCGGGCGUAGCUGGAGAAGAUGCACUGCCUGAGCAGAACGCCCAGGUCAUACCUGGUCAACUCGUACAGUGAUGUGAAGGAAAAUGACGAGGAGGAGGAAUCGUACGAGGCCACCUGGCUGGACCUGGUGAUGGAGACGAGGCCAGAAUACAGAAACACGCUCGCCGAGAAAGACUUGUCAAGGAAGGAGAGUUACGAGCGAAAGCAGGUGGUUCAUUUCAUCGUCCGCAGAUUCCCCAACCAGACGCUUUGCAUCGGCCAAGAUGGGAUGAAGAUGCGUGAAUAUUUGCUACCUUACAAAAAUGUUCUCCCAAUACCGAUUUUCGUGCCUCGGGACGUCACAGCUCUGCACGAGACCUACCAGGAGCCGUCUCCUCCCUAUCUGCAGUCAAUCAUGGACAGUGAGAAGAGCUGGAGCGAGAAGAGAGAACCAGAGCCUGACAUGAAAGGCAAACCGCAAGUAAUCCAGCCCGACAGGGUGGAAUUCAGGGCAUCAGGCCUCAUCUCGCCGCCAAGGGACGCAGCCCAAAGGAUAUGAUAUGUGUCACUUACAGUAGACUUAAACUGAUGUUUACAGUUUUGGUACAAUACAUGUCCAAAAGUUGCACACCUGUUCAGCCAACUUCCAAAAAUCAAGGAUAUUUAUAGUAGAUUUGUCCCUCUUUGCUGCAGCAACAGCUUCUACUACUUUGCAAGGGCUUUACACUACAUGUUGGAACAUGGCUGUAAGGAUUUAACUGCGUUCAGACACGAGCAAAAGUGAGGUCAGAUACCGAUGUUGGAUGGUCAGUUCUGGAUCACUGCAACUCAUCCUGACCUCAUUAAACCUCCGGAGAACGUAGUUUCACUGCUCCACAGCCCAAUGCUAGCAGGCCUUAUAGGCCACUUACCUAUAUUUGGCACCUUAGGCUUGUGCGGCUGCUCCAGAGCUAUUCUACUGGCAAUGCCUUUCUAUGGAGAUUAUAUAACCAGUGUGUGUGCAGGUGAAAGCCUGUGCCAGUAAUGGGCGCACCUUAAAGUAGAUGAAUUCACUUAUUAGAUGGAGUGUCUGGAUACUUUUGGACAUGUAUUGUAUGUUUGUAUGGCACACAGUAGUUCCAUUUCAAGGUAUGAGGACUGUGUUAUGCUGUUGGUGCGGGGUUUACUCAAAAGGCAUGUGGUAAAAGCACAGAAUGAGUCAUUUUACAAUGAGAGGCUCUGUUGUGUCAUUUUUAAAGGAUUUAUUUGCCAGUUUGAACAGGUUAAUGAAUUUGUUUAACUUCCCCAAAUUUCCACAGAUGUCCUAGAUUGAAAGGUCACAAAGUCAGGAAUACACAACAAGCACCACACUCAACGACAAUAACAACACAGAGCAUGGACAAGUCUUUUAGCAGGUUAUAUUAUUCCUUUAGUUGGUUUGGAACAUGAUUACUGUUAGUGUAGGAGCUCCAGGUUCAACCAAUCACAGAAGGCAAUUAUUACUCAACUGUACGAAUGAUGGACUACAGAUCUUGACGGUUUCCAGUUUUAUUGAUGAUACACAUCCAGCUCUAACAAGGCGCUAAACUGUCAGAGGAAGAUGCAAGAAAGUGGAGAUGAGUGCAGCAAUGGUGGUCUACUAAUGUGUUGAAAAGAAGGUGGCUGAGCUGUAUUGCAUAAUAAUUUCUGUAAUUUGUAAUUUGCUAUCUAUCAAAAAAUAAUUAUUUUAGUGUUAUUAAUGUUGUAACGAUUCAGCAUAUUGUAUUGUCUCAUUGUCUCAUGUAUGUUAGCCUGUUAGCUUGUGUCUAGCACAUUAGCUUGGAGCUAACAUAUUAGCUUGUGGCUAGUGUGUUAGAUCAAGGCACUACAAAGCAAAGUUUACUUUUAUAUGUUGAAUGAACUGAAAAUGAAACUUUAAUAUAUAAAUAUGAGCUUUUUUUAGGCACUACUUAUUUUUACUGUAUUGAAACAUUUAUUAAAUUAAGACAUGACUAUCAUAUCGAACUGAUUCAGGAAUUUUGUCUGUUACACCUAAAGCAUGAUUCAUGUUACAUGCGUGUGCAUAAACAGUCAUACAUUUGAACAUUUGAACAUUUGAUUCAAUCAUUUCAACAGGUUCCACAUAACGGAUUUAGGAAUAUUCUGCUUAAAAAUAAUGGUUACUUGAUUUAUUUAUCAUUUAUUUAAUUCCAAAAUCAUUAGUUCAUGUUAAUGUUUGUGUUUUUCUUGGGUUAUUACUGCAUAAAUUAACUGAAUGAAAUGAACAUAAUACAAUCGAAUUCUUUCAGCUAAAUCCAAAUGUGUUGUUUUUAAAGAACAGAUUCAAGUCAGUGUAACUUGAUUCUUUUUAUUAGUUAUUUUAAUUAUUUUAUCAAAAAAAGUCAACAGGUUCCACACAUUUAAAUUAAGUACAUCCAAAUAAAUCAAUUCAUUUUCCUUCAUUUUCAAGUCUCACGAAUCAACAACUAAAAAUGAGAGGAUAAUUAUAUUUUAUUAAAUUGAGUUUCUUUAAAAAGUGGAUGAAACUCACAAAAUGAAACAUAAAAUGCAACAUAUCAAACCAACAUGAGCGCAAAGAUCGAGGAUCUACAAUGUAAAUUUCUUUUUAUAAAAUGGAUAUUUACGGUCCUAAAAUCUGAUUGGCUGAGCCAUGUUCUCAUCCUUGCACUGUCAAUGGAUUAAUCUUUGACCCCAAGCUGCUUGUGUCGACCCCCGAGUGUACUGAUGAAGUAAGAACCUAUUUUUUGUUUAAACUGAGCGGCUGACAACCUAUGUUCUUAACUAGAACUAGGCUGGUCAGCUAGCUAACAGGCUAAAAGAUAGCAAACAGCCUAAACAGCUCCAUCAUUAAUAUCACAGGUCUAAAAUAAGGAAACUUAUGAUUCACUA